AUGCCGAAGGCUAACAGCAUCUUCUGGUACAUUAUGGCCCACGACACCCCCGCGCUCUUCGCUCAUGACAACGACCACGACGAUGUCCGUGACACCAGCGAGGCUUUGGACCUCAGCGAUAUUAGCGAUCCCAUCACCGUCGUCGACGUUCAAGCCGAGCCACAGCAUGUCCUGGUACGGGCGUCUCUCAAGGAAGAGAUUUCAACCCUCACCGGACCAUAUCAAGUUUCUGGAAAACGACCGCCAUUCUCCACGGCAGAGAUGGUCGUAAUGGCUAUCAUAUGCGGCAACGAGGCAUCCUACACAAUAGCAAGUUCCCGCCGCUCGAUUAUUACGACCUACCCGUAUUACAGAGACAAGGUUCUGAAGGAACUCCUCGUGAACUGGGAGUGUGAGUUUAGUGACUUUCGCCCAGUCGAGCUUGUACCGGAGCUGGUUGAUACUUUUCAUCGACAUGACGUUCCUUUGGUUCGGUACGAGGAUCCAAGCGAGCGCGAUGUUCAGUACCUGGACGACGCUGAGUUCACGGUCACUCCGCAAGCAGCGCGCAUCUUCCUCGAGUCACGAUUAUGCGACAGCCGACAAGGAGUCUUCCCCUUCUUCAAACUGCCAGCUGAGCUGCGCAACAGCAUCUACGAGAUGGUGCUACGUUUUCAUCCAUCGGGAAUUGUCAUUAAUUCAAACACAUGCAGUGCAGAGCUGCGACAGCAUCCUGAAGACGAAGACUCGUAUGUCGAAGAGGAGGGUGUGGUACCAAGGGACUGUGACAUUGGCAAUACCAAUGUGAUCGCUUUGCUGCAGGUGUGCAAGCAAGCAUACGCCGAAGCAGCCCCAAUCUUAUACGGACAGAACAAGUUCACGUUCGCACACGAAGGCCUGUUGUGUCUCAACGACAUGAUCUCAGCCAGACAAUCCCCGGCGACUCAGCACUUGGAAUACGUGGAGCUUUUUCUCAGGCCAUUCAAAGUUGAGGCCCGUGUUUUCGAGCGCGCAGCCCAAAUGUUGGCCUCAGGCAAGAGACUCAAGUUCCUCGCUCUCGACAUGCGGGACCGCGAUUGGCUUGAAAUGUCCAAAGUUCGGCGUCUUGACCACUAUGGAAGAAAGAGCAAGUUCACAAAGGCUGGGCAAAUUCCGGGUUUCCGCCAUUUGGUUGAGGCAGCCGCCAACGCGGAGACAUUCGAGCUCAAAGGCGGCGACGAGUCUACUAGGCUCAAGGCGCUCUUCGAUGCCGAGAUCGAAAAGAUCGAAGCUGGCAGAGGCCAGAAAGCGCCGAAGAAGCGGGCGAAGAAGUUGAAGGGCAAGGCGACAAGCAAGUCAGCCGUGACUGUUGUGGAUGAUUAG